AUGGCGUCACUGCUGACAGCAUUCCGAAGAAUGGCUCACGCUGGGUUACGUGAAUAUGCGCGGAAGACGACAGUAAAUUGUAGUGCUUCGAGGCUGACCGGGCACAGGAAUUUCGUCACGGGAUCGCAUCCACUCAGGUCAGAAAAGGUGACGGUCCACUUUAUCAAUAGAGACGGCGAGAAGAUAACGGUCGGGGGCUCUCCCGGGGACUCGCUGCUUGACGUCGUCAUCAAUGAAGACCUCGACUUUGAUGGCUUUGGAGCGUGCGAGGGCACGCUAGCGUGCUCCACUUGCCAUUUGAUCUUUGACGAAGACGUCUACAAAAAACUGGGCCCGGUCACAGAUGAGGAAAUGGACAUGUUGGACUUGGCGUACGGCCUGACUGACACAUCGCGCCUGGGUUGCCAAAUUUGUCUGAGCAGGUCCCUGGAGGGAAUGGUGGCCCGCGUUCCAGAGACCGUAGCAGACAUCCGACAGAGUCAAGAUGGCUCUGCGUAG